AUGUCCUCCUCCAACACAGAAUUAAGACAAAGACAAGCAGACUUCACAAAGACCCUACACGGAGAAGAAAUAGGUGCCAAGACUGGUCUCUCAGCACUUCUCUCCAAGGACAAGACCGCUCAAAAGAUCGCAGUCUCCACUUAUUUGGAAAACUUUCAAAAUAACAAGGAAUCUGAAGCCAAGAGACUGGAAAAUUACAACGAAACUACUCAUUCCUAUUACAAUAUCGUCACUGAUUUCUACGAAUAUGGAUGGGGGUCCUCUUUCCAUUUCUCCAGAUUUUACAAGGGUGAAUCGUUCGCGGCUUCCAUUGCAAGACACGAGCAUUAUUUGGCUUAUAUGGCUGGUAUAAAGAAGAGUGAUUUGGUCUUGGAUGUAGGAUGUGGGGUUGGGGGUCCCGCUAGAGAAAUUGCUAAUUUCACUGGAUGUCAUAUUGUCGGUUUGAAUAAUAAUGAUUAUCAGAUUGAGAAGGCUAAUUGGGUAGCCAAGAAGACUGGGUUGGAUAAACAGUUGGAAUUUGUUAAGGGAGACUUCAUGGAUCUGAAUGGAACUUUUGAAGAAAAUACUUUUGAUAAAGUUUAUGCCAUUGAGGCUACUUGCCAUGCCCCCAAUUUGGAGAAAUGUUAUAAGGAAAUUUACAAAGUCUUAAAACCUGGUGGUACUUUUGCCGUUUAUGAAUGGGUGAUGACUGAUAAAUUCGAUGAAAAUAAUGAAGAACAUAAGAAGAUUAGAUACGAGAUUGAAUUGGGUGAUGGGAUCCCUAAGAUGUUUGGUGUCGAUGUCGCUACUCAAGCUUUGAAGAACUGUGGGUUCGAAAUUGAAGUGGCUAAUGAUUUGGCUGAUAAUAAUGAUGAAGUUCCAUGGUAUUACCCAUUGACCGGUGAAUGGAGAUACGUACAAAGUUUAAGUGACUUGGCCACUUUUUUCAGAACAAGUUAUCUGGGUAGAAAAGUUACUAAUACUAUGGUUUCCGUCAUGGAAAGAGUCGGUAUUGCUCCAGAGGGGUCCGUUAAAGUUACUGAGGCCUUGGAGAACGCCGCCGUGGGUCUUGUUGCAGGAGGUAAAUCCAAACUGUUUACUCCAAUGAUGUUGUUCGUGGCCAAGAAGCCUGAACAACCUUCCCAAUAG